UGACGGCGAGGCGAGCUGUGGGAACGGGAGAGACGCCGCAGGCGCCCACAGCCCUGUUCCUUUUUUGCUCAGCCCAACCGCCCCCGCCAUGAGCCGCCCCGCGGUGAGGACCGAGGCUCUGAGCAGGGACGCCCCGCUGCCGACGGCCGGCCGCGCCUACUCCGUGGUGGUGCUGCUGCGCGGCUACUCGGGCCCGGCGGGGCUGGGCGACGCCGUGCGCGCCGACGGCUCGGUGACCCUCGUCCUGCCCCGGGCCUGGGCUCCGGCCUCGCGCGGGCCACGGUCCCUUCCGGCGGACGGCGGCGCCCAGAAGGCCCUGGAGGAGGCGGCCCGUGGCCCCAUCCUCGUGGACACCGGGGGGCCCUGGGCUCGCGAGGCGCUGCUGGAGGCUCUGGCCGGGCAGGGCGUGCGCCCCGACGACGUGACGCUGGUGGUGGGGACCCACGGACACUCGGAUCACAUCGGGAACUUGGGACUUUUCCCGGAGGCUGCCCUGCUGGUCUCCCACGACUUCUGCCUCCCCGGGGGUCUCUACCUAUCGCAUGGGCUGUGCGAAGAGCAACCUCUGGUCCUGGGAGCCGGGCUGCAGGUGUGGGCCACGCCAGGUCACGGGGGCCAGCGGGACGUGAGCGUGGUGGUGGAGGGCACGAGCCUGGGCACCGUGGUGGUGGCGGGAGAUGUGUUCGAGCGGCAAGGAGACGAGGACUCGUGGCAGUCGUUGAGCGAAGAUACGGUGGCCCAGCAGCGGAGCCGGAUGAGGAUUCUGGGCAUUGCCGAUGUGAUCGUGCCGGGUCAUGGAGCCCCUUUUCUGGUGAUCAGAGAAGGGGAGAAGAGAUCUGGGAAUAGCCCACCACUGGAAUUGGUGUUUGAAGAUAAGGAGUCGGCUGUGCACCAGUGAGCCCAGACAGGGACUGGAGACCAAGAGGCCCAGGGGACCCUUUCAAUCAGUCAGUGCAGGCAAGGCUUGCCACUUCCAGCUUUCCCAGGACUGGACACAGUGCCUUUGCCAUUGCCAUUAUCCCUGUCUCUGCCACAGAACUGGGACCAAGCAUAGCUCAGCUCUGUGCAUCCUCCAUGGGCCUCAGUAAGAUGCAAGAAUAUUCUUGUUUAGGAUCCUGCAAAAUAAAAAUAGGUUCUGCACGUUUGCAGAUCAGUUUUGUAGUGCCACUGGAGUGUGGCAACAAUGUGGUCCUCCUGCCUCCUUUAGUAACAUUCAAACAGCAAUCAACAAAGACCAACCAGCCAAUCCUAGAGAAGUGAAUGCCCAGCUCUUUGCAGCACUGAUCGCAUGGACAGCAAAGGACACUGAUGUUUUGAUAGAUUCCUUACCCAGUGAGGAGUCUGCAGCUGCUUUACAGGCUGCCAGCUUAUACAAGCUGGAAGAGGAAAACCAUGAAGCUACCACGUGUCUGGAGGAGACAUGCUUCUGGAAAAAUUCAAAGUGCACUUGUGGACAUUGCCCAGUCACAGCUGAGGAUGAGAAGUGGUACCACAGCCAGCCUCUUCCAGACUGGAAGAACUGUUUCAAUUCCAGUGAAAUGUGCAUCACUUACAUGCAAGCCUUCCCAAAGUUACAGACAAAGCAUAAUGUAUAAUGUUCCCUUUUCUAGUUGUUUUUGUCUUCCAGUUUUGCUCUUCAUAAAUAUGCUUUUAAAAUCGUAAAAGAAGAGGAAGGAGAAGAAAGGUGGGCGGGGUGAUGGCUCAAUGGUGAAAGGGAUUUGCUUUCAAAGCCUCCUGUUCCUGGUUUAGUUCCCCAGUACCUCUGUAAAGCCAGAUGCACCAAAUAGCUCAUGUGGCAAGAGGCCCUGGUGAAGUCUCUCUCUUCUUGAA